AUUAUUGAAUGCGGUGGAGUCGGGGCUGGGCAGGAUAUGACAGGUUUCUCUUGUUUCUCCAAACAGGUGAAGGUCACCUGUGGAAUAACAGGGAAGCAGAGCUGCCCGGUGGCGGAGGCAGGCUGACAUUUGAUAGCUGGCUUGUUUGACAGAGAGGCAGUGGCAGCAAAUAUCAAUGAUUAAGCAGUCCGUCGAGUGUCGGAACAUGUCAGCUCACAAUGGAAUUUGCGGGGAAAGCCAUCGUGACGGCAGCUUUUGUGGUCACCCUGACUUUAAUUUACAGGUACUACAGAGUAAGAUCUGCCAAUGUCGCUCGGACACGGGACCUGGGAGAUUCUGAGUGCCGAGAGUCAGCAGAAUCUCCAGAGAAAAGCACUUUGGAUCCAGUUCCGUUGCCAAGUUUUCAAAGUCUCAGCAGCCAGGGAAAUGUCAGUGACCCCACAAGACAGAUUAAUGCAGGUAAACAAGAGGAAACUGGCUUGAAAACGCUGUCGGUGGAUAAAGCGGCUGAUAUUCGUUGCUCAGAGAAUCUCCAAACGACAGGUGAGCUGAACAAUGGGAUUGGGAAAGUUAAAAGCCAGUGUCUGUGGGGUAAACGUGGACAAUCGGGUGCCUCUGGGCUAAUGAGCAAUUGUCUGGCAGAGUCAAGGGGCAAAGAUCCAACUCCAAACAAACUCACCUGUGCUGCUAGUGGGGUGCGUGGGGUCAGAAACUUCCAAGCUGAGCAAAGUAAUAAAACAAAGCACAACCAGAGAUCAGGAGCAGACACGGUCGAAAGCAAAAGUGGUGAGAGUGAUCAAACUGUCGGGGAGGAGGAUUAUUCGAACAGUGUCAGACCUCAAACAGGUAGAGAACAAGAAUUGGAUGCUUCUCAUAAUGGGGAGCCUCGGCUGCGUCAGAAUGUUAGUGCCUUUGAUGUCGUGAUUGCUGGCAAUGACCCUAACAAUAUAGGUCUGUUUGUAACUGUUACCGAGUCCCUCCAAGACCUUCUCCUUUCACCUGCUUCUGAUGCCGUUAAAGGCACUCAGUACAAAACCGUUGAUGAUCAGCCCUCCAAACAUGCAGAAAAUGAGAUGUUGGAAGCUCUCCUCAACGGCCAUUGCACAGCAGGUAGUACUGGAGAACAUGAGAACAGCUCUAGUGCCUGCAAGAUAUACCCUGACAUCAUCAUUCAAAGAUCUAAUACUCCAUCUGUUCAAUCUGCCUAUCAAGUGAAACAUGAAGAAGCCCAAGUUGGCAAUGGAUCAGAAGGUAGGCUAAAUGUUUUGCAGCUCUGCGUGGGAGUGAAUCACAAGACCGUCGCUACUUCAGAAAUGGCAGGAGAGGUAAAUGAACAGCAGGACGGAAAUAACACCUGUCUCAUUGCUCAAAUUACAACAGAUCAAGUUCGUCUUGAUACAGCCAACCUCAACAACUCAGCAUUCCAAAACCGGAUGACAGACCUGCCAGAGGUUUAUUGUUCUUCAAAUGCAAUUCAGGAUAAUAUAGUUCCCUCGCAAAGUUUGACUGUUGAGCCAAAAGUUGUCGGCUCCUCGUUAUCUGACUUGAGCCCACCUGAACAUCCAGAGACCUCCAAUAUAUUGUAUUGUCCAACCGAAUCUGACAUCAAGAUAAUAAUGGAGGAAAGAAUAGUCUCCAGAAAGCUCAGUAUUUCAGUAAUUGCCGAGACCCCAGAGUUUUUAAUCGACUUCCAGUCAGAGGCACAGACUUGUUCAGAGGGAAGCAUCUCAGAAGACUUUCACUCUCAAUCAUCUUCACUUGCUGACGUUAGCUCCAUUUCUCUGGGCUGUCUGGUAGAUUCAUUGUAUUUGUCUCAGCCAGAUCUCAGCAAGGAAACAACAGUGGAAAUUGUAGCCAGAGCCAAUUUCAUUCCCAUCCCUUUGAGCAAUCAAUCGACUGCAGAAGUCAUGAAAUGUCGCUUGGAUCUGGGCAACUGUUAUGAGAUAUUGUGUGUUGCAAAGAAACAUGACCUGAAGGACCUGAAAGGCGCAGCUUAUCAAGUCAUGAGUGACAAUUACUUGCAAGUUUUGAAGAACCCAAGUAUUUAUGGCCAACUCAAAGCAGAUGAAAGGGAGCUGAUCCUGUCGAGAAGAAUGCUCGGUACAAAGUAUUUGAUGGUAGCUGACGUGGAUGUCCAGGAGAAUGCCUGGACAAAGGCCCCAGCUCAACACAACGUAAAAGGUGAAACCACUGGCCGAUCCCUGAAACGUUUUGAGAACAAUCACAAGGUUUAUUAUUACAAGAAUGACGAUGAUUCCUGGUAUCCAUUAGUCGAGCUGGAAGUUGAGUCAAUCUCCAAGGACUGUGCUUUAUGCACUAUGUAUAAUUAUCUCUUUGUUGUGGCUGGUUGCCAGGGAUCUGGUAAAGGGACCAAACUAUCCAACAAAGUAUUUUGUUACAAUCCAGUGACUAACAUUUGGAGUGAGAUAAGUCCACUCAACCAGGCAAGACCCAAAUGUAAGCUUGUGGCAUUGGACGGGUAUCUUUAUGCAAUUGGCGGAGAGUGUCUUUGUACAGUGGAGAAGUAUGAUCCCAGGAAAGACAGGUGGACCUUCACUGCACCUCUACCACGAGGAAUCUUUGCUGCAACACAUAAAGCCACUGUGUGUAACGGCGAGAUUUACGUCAUUAGAGGCAUCUCCUACAAUCAGCUUCUCAAGUACAAUCCCCGAGACAACUCAUGGGAUGAUUGCAUCAUGAUGAGCAAGAAGGACAAGACCACAGACAUCGCAGCUGUCAAAAACUUCGUCUACAGGUUUGAGAUCAACCGAGAAUCUGGUGUCAGUGUGUUUCGGUAUCAUAUCAUCACCAAAACUGCUUGUGAAUGUGCCUCCAAACAGCUUCGCAAGAUGGCAUCAUUUCAGUGCGCUGUCAUGGAUGACACGAUUUACUGCAUAAAUAAACAGUGCAUGAUGCAGUUUGUAGCUCGUGAGAUGUCACCUUAUUUUAAAACAGAAGAUCGCACUGUCCUUCCUGGAGCAAGAGGAAUUUUGUUUCCCUUUGUUCUUACACUGCCAGAUGGAAACUCACUGCAGACCCAAGUGUAAUCUCUACUGAAAAAUUCUGUUUUGAAAAAUAUUGACACAACAAAUGUUUGAUAUUGUUACAUAGAAUACUGUAAAUACUCACCAGGUAAAAUUUUAUUUGUGGAAAGUGAAACAGAGUUAACAUUUCAGUUUGAUAACCUUUCAUCAGAGGAAAAAUCAUUGACCUAAAAUAUCAACUCUCUUUCCCUCUGCACAGAUGCUGCCUGAUCACCUGAGCAUUCCUGAAUUCACCUCAGAUUUCCAACAUCUGCGAUAAUUAGCUUUUAACAUUGUCAUGUGUUUGGUAGACCAAUAGGAAAAUAUAUCUGAUUCCUUUUCUCUCAAUCAUUUCAAGUAAUGUGUGUCCUCGUUGUAAUCUCUUUCUGCCGAGAAGUCAUUCUCGAUUGGACCAUUCUACACUGCCUUUCAAUAGCUGACCAUGAGGAAACUAAAGGGCCUGUCCCACUGUACGAGCUAAGAGUUCUCCCAAGUUUCCCCUGAUUCGAACUCGGAGAAUUACGGUAAUAGCCGCUCGUAGGUAUUCGGGGUUCUCAUGGACAUUUUUCAACAUGUUGAAAAGUCUUCACGAGCUUACCGCAUUUCCCGAGUACCUGCCGUUAGCGUUACGAGCCGCUAAGAGACGUCCCCGAGCUCCGAUGUACUCGCUAAUUACAUUCUACGUACUUAACACGAGUUCGAUUUUUUUUUAAACUCGGCAGAGCUCUUGAAUUACCUCAUACAGUGGGACAGGCCCUUAAGUGAAUGAGAUCUGAGUCAUAUGGUACAGGCCCUCACAGCCACCAUCAAACACACAUCUACACCUAUAUCAUGUUUCUUCUCACAGCUCCAUCCACCUGUUGUCUUGCCAUAGCACGGGCAAAUUACUGUGACCAAUUAACCUUUUGAAACAGCAACCUUGUUCUCAGUCUUCAAGCAAUUGAUGUUCUCAAGCGAUUGAACAUCAGCUAGAUGUAUGCUGAGGAAGGGAGAGUGCCCUGCAUCCUCCGGCUCUGGAGAGUGGCAUGCCAUUCUGUAUAAGGACAUAAGGAAUAGUAGAAUUUGGCCAUUCGGCCCAUCAAAUCUACUCCACCAUUCUAUCAUGGCUGAUCUAUCUCUCCCUCCUAACCCCAUUCUCCUGCCUUCUCCUUAUAACCUCUGACACCCGUACUAAUCAUGUAUUGCUCCUCUGAAAACAGUCUCCAUUGACAGUUUUUUAUUAUUAUCUAUAAUAAAAUUUUAAAAAUUAAAUAUUUGUUAUUAUCUAUUCGUUCCAGUGCUGAGAAAGUCAGCAGAAACUCUCCUGUCAUUCAUCACUAUUUGAAAGGUCUCUUUAUUAGAUCCAACACUACAAACCUGGAAAGCAUGGCAUGAGGUUGAAACAAUGGAGACUUUGCCCCACCUCCAACCCCCAACGUGUCAGCAUACGUCGAGCUAAUAUUCAAUCGUGCGAGAAUAAGCUUGAGGAGCGGCUGUUUCAGAGGGACGUUUGUGACUGGUGUGUUCUUUGUUUCACUGAAAUAUUGCUCACCCCUGAUUCACCUAAUCCUGAUACACAACCUACUGUUUCUCCAUUAAUCGUAUGGACUGUACAGAAUCCUCAGGCUAGGGGAAAGGCACUGCUUUUGUCUUUUUUUGAUCCGUGGUGCACUGAUGUGAUGGUCUUAACUCAGAUCUGCUCGCCUUGUUCUCUUAUUUCAUAAAGCCAUACAACGUGGAAACAGGCCGUUUGGCCCAACUUGCCCUACACUAGUCCCACCUGCCUGCAUUUGACCCAUAUCCCUCUAAACCUGUCCUAUCCAUGCCUCUGUCUAAAUGUUUCCUAAACGUUGCAAUAUCUGUCUAUAAUGACCCGUCCCUUUUACCUACCCGGUGAAUUCACCUCUACUUUCAUGUCAGCUGUCGACAUACUAUCUGAAGCCAACUCCAGAGUGGACCAGGUGAAUUAUACUUUGUCAUCAACUCUCUUGAAACAAUAAACCCCACUGCCCUGUUCAUCACAGCUGGUGACUUCAUUCAAGCUAACUUCAGGAACAUAGUCCCAAAUAACAUCAGCAUGUCCCCUGCCCCACACUUUGGAUCACUGCUGUACCAUCAAGUAUGUCUAUUGUUCCAUCCCUUGUCCUCAUUUCAGCCACUCUGAUCAUCUGUCCCUGCUGAUCUUACUGGCUCAGGACAGAGAUUGAAGCAUGAGGCACCAACAGAAAUAGUAAAGCUGAGGAGACUGAGGGUUAACUUCAGGAUUGCCCUGAGUCGGUGGACUGGAAUAUAACAGGAGCUUCAUUCAGCCUGAAUGAGUGUACCUCAGUCGUCACUAGUUUUAUCAAGAAAUGCAUUGACAUCUGUGUUGUGACAAAGACAGUUUUGGUCUAUUCAAACCAGAAUGAAUAGGGAGACUCUCUCUCCUAAAAUCCAGAUUUGAGGAUCAGAGCCCCCCAAACAGACCAAGCAACAGGAUCUAAAAGAGAGUCAUGUCGAUUUGAAUCAUUUAAAAACUAUUUUGCAGAAAUGCCCUUGAAUUUUUAUUGUUGAUAAAACUAUUAAUUCUUUUCAGGGCCUCAUUACAUGAAAAAUUCUCUUCUUAGUUUUAUCACUACCAUCAAGGAAGCCAAUUCUCAUAAGAAGUUUAUAACACUGCAUAUGCCAUAAGCAAGAUUUUAUAGGCUGCCAUCUGUAAGAUAUGCAAGUUAAAGCUUUGCUGUUAGGCUCCUGUGUACAAUUCUCUGCUGCAUGAGUAUGUAAAUUUUCAGGAACAUCUUCCUGAAGCUGAGCUUCCCCAACAGGGGAGUGCAGACGGAUAGUGUGGGCCUAGCCCUCAGUAUUUAUUUACACCUGGACUGCCACGUCAAGGGUCAAGAUGCCCGUUGCCUGUGAUUAGUUCAGCAUUCGGGUGUGAAAUUGCAGGAAACCUCUUCUUAUGUUUAGAGUUUUUCUCCCGUGAGCAGACAUGUCAGCAAUGUAGAAUAAUCAAAUCAUGUUAAAUCAGUCCUUCCACUUUUGGGAGCAGGUAUGACUGUCAGGGCAACUUAUACUCCAGGCAGAUUUACUCUGCAGGUUUUUCAUGUUCGGGACAGAGACAUAGGAUGGCAUCUUAUGAGUGUAUGCCACUCACUACAUGCUUCAUAAGGCCUUGAAUCACAGACAUACGUUGUCCCUGUUUAAUACUUUCCUGAACAGUGAUUUUGACUCCUAUAAACAUCAUUCAAUAUUACGUUUGUGGAUUGUCAAUUCAUUUCCAUCAACAGAAGAGCAAUACACAUUAAAACCUUGAUAUCACCAUAUAAUCAUUUUCUUCCCUCAUUGAUUUUGAACACUUGUAUUAAAUGGACAGCUCUGAACAUAUCCAGAAACUAUAAAUUGGCCAGAAUGACAUGGUGACGUAGUUUACCACAAACAGUAACUAGCAGCAGGAAUCAUGGUACGUUCCAUCAUAAUGACCUAUAUAUCCCUAUUCAAACAAUUAGUUUCAGUCUCAGAUGCGAUAUUGUUGAAUUAGCUCUUGGGACAUGAACCAAUGUGAUCUGCAUUGAUAUCGAGUGAUUUUGAUUUAAUAUCUUGUAUCGUAACUCAGGAUCAUUGUAAAAUGGCCUUACACCGUUUCACAAGAACCACAUGUUAUGUGUGUCAUUUACUUUCCAUACAAUAUAAUCCCGAUCCCUGGAGCCAGCUCAGCACCCUCUUGAAGUUGUGUAGACAGUCAGCACAUGCCAACAGAUAUUGCAUUGCAGACAUUCACUACUCCCUAGAAUGGGUGAAUAUAUCAAUGUCUCUCUUAUUCUUAAUUUCAUCAUGUGUAACCUUAUCUCAAGGUCCUCUCCCAACACUGCAACCUAACAACAUUGCUUUAUUUAACUGUCUCAUUAAGGUGCUUGGGAGACUAUGUCCCUCGAAACCAAGUUCCAAACUGGUCAUUUUCUUAAGCAUUUAUUUCUGAUAAUUGUAAACUGGUACUAUUCUAUCUCUCUCAGUAUUCUCUGUUAAAGCAGAGAUUGAUAGAUUCUUGAUUGGUAAGGGUGUGUAAAGUGAGCAGGCAGAAGAAUGGGGUUGAGAGGGAAAGAUAGAUCAGCUGUAAUUGAAUGGUGGAGGAGAUUUGAUGGGCUCAAUGACCCAAUUCUGCUUCUAUGUCUUAUGAUCCCCAUCUGAAAAAAUGUGACCAAAUACUAGGCAGAAUUUUUAUGCAUGUCUUAUUUGGCUCCUGGAAUCUUCAGCCGGCGGUUUUACUCAGAUCUUAUGCCCUUGAAGUCGGCAUGGACAGGCACGCCACGUGCAAUAACACAGCUCCAUCAGUCUCUCCUAACUGAGUUACCACAUUGUGGUUCCCACUAAAGGGGACAUGAAUGACAGCAUCUGAUUUUUGCGUGGGUGAGAUUUACAUUUGAGGUGAAUUUUCCAGUGUUUUGUGACAUUCCAGUGCAUGUUGAUCAGCACUGCAGUAGUGACUUGUACUGUCUAGUUACAGAAAUACACAAUUAGUGUGAGACUGCACUUUAUGCUACUUGACAUUUUCUUUGAAAUUUGCAAUGUUGAAAGUGUCUUAAAAUAAUUUGCAAUUUUAUGGUGAAUGUAUUGGUGGUAAAAUUCACUGAUCUUUGAAAUCAAAUAUACUGAAAGCUAAUAAAAAUUUCUCAUGGCAAAGC